AUGUCGUGUAAAGAAACGAGCAGUCCCAAAUCGAAGGCGUCUUCAUUGAACCUUCAACCUGUUAAGAUCUUCGAGGUUGGCGACUUGUAAGAUAACUCGAUUUUUUGCAAAUUUCUGAGCCAAGAUUUACGCAAAAAACCGUUUUUAGAAUCUACGGAGAUUACAAGGUGACCGAAGUCAUGCGAGAUAGGAUCCCAUCAACUCACAACUUCUACAAAGCCAAGGCCAAAAAGCCAUUCAAAGAUCAAAAUGAUGUUGAAGUAAGCGGAAAAAGUGCAAUUUUCGGAUUUAAAAAAUUUUUUCGAAGAAAACUAAUGUCAUUUGAAUGACUUUGAAACCAUCUUUUCCGCUAAAAUUUGAGGAAAAAUGGAAGAUUUUGAGAUUUUUUGUUCUGAUGUCUAGUGUAAUAUAAUUCGAAUUAGACGGGUUUUUGAAGAUUUUCUUCAUUUAUUUUUUUGUAUAUGAGAUUGAUAGAGCAUUUGUAUCGAGUUUCUACUGCUUUUUGAGCCAAAUUCCGACUGCUCAAGUUUUCGUGGUGGGACCCAGAACUUCUUUUGAGCCAGGUUAAAAUUCAAUUUUACCUUGCCUAAAAUGCCUCAUUAGGUUCAAAACUACAUUAUAAAUUUUUUUACAUAUUUUUUUAUUUUUACAACGGACAUUCUUACUCAAAGUUUAGCUGUUGACCUAUUACAAUAUAAUUUCUACAGUAUCCCGAGUUGAUGUUCAAGACAUUCGGCGCUACGACUUUGCCCGAGGUGAACGUGGUCCGCGAAUCGCAAAUCCAUGCGUGGCUGAAGGCGAGCCGCUGUCCGGAUGCGUUCUUUCGCAUCCUUUGCCCCGCGCCUCUCAUCUUCGGCGACGCACAGCGAAUGCUGGCCUUCCCCAUCUACCAUUGCUCGUUGGCGGAGGUCAAGAGGAGAGUGGGCUUCCUGUCACAGAAGACCACCCUCAGAUUGGGGUUGGAGAUGCUGUCGGCGGUCAAGGAAUUGCAUGGGUUGGGGAUCGUUCAUCAGAACCUGAAUCCAGGCCAUUUCCUGCUCUCACAUGCCUUCGAGGUGGACGCCGAACAUUUUGGAGUGGUGAUCUGUGAUCUGGCUGAGGCUAAGUAAGCAAUGGAUGGAUUUGGCGCAUGAUUUUUUUGAUUUUGAAAGGAUUGUUAUAUUAGUCAUGGUGAAGAUGACAAAAGUCGAAAAUUCAAUAUGUUGUCGUCGAUGGAUCAGGAUGAAAUUUAACUUACUUAAAUUCCAUGCUACUUAGAUGAUUUGAGCAAAAUUUCAGACCGCACUAACCAGAAACAAAUGGAAUAUAGCCGAUUAAAGCUAGAAAAGUUCGAUUUUUACUGUUUUUGGCUCAAUAUAACUAAUUCUAGUAGGAUAAAGUCAAAAAUUCUUUUCUAUGACCACAAAAUCUCUCUUUAUAGAGUGUGGAUGGUGUUUGAGGAAGAAGUUCCACUCCCGUUUUCGAAUCCACAGCCCCCAGUUGACCCACAUUUUUGCUCCGUUGACAUGAUGGAUUCCCCUUCAAGCUCUAGAAGAGACGAUUUAUACUCUUGGUUCUACACAGUGAGUUGUUUUGCAAAGCGUUUUUUACAUUUUUUACAAGUGUGACGAUUUUUUAGCGAAAAAUCAAUAGUGACAUUUCGUCCAAAUUUUAAAUUUGUUGUUUGUGGUGCGUGUAGUGGGCGAAAUUGGUAAAAUACGACAUUGCGUGCUCAAGUCGGAACCGUGAGCUUCAAAAAAAUCCAAAAAAUGUGAUUUACAUCCAAAAAAUCAAUAGUGACAUUUUGUCAAAUUUUGUAAUUGCUGUUUAGAGCAUGUGUAGUGGGUAGAAUGGGUGAAAAAUGGAAUUGUUUUCUUACAUUUGAGACUUGGGUUCAGAAAAAAUUAAAAAGUGUAAUUGACAUUAAAAAAAUCAAUAGUGACAUUUCGUCACAUUUUGAAUUUGCUGCUUACAGUGUAUGUUGUGUGUGGGAUGGAUAAAAUACGGAAUUUCUUUACAAAAUUCUUAAAAUUCGAGCGUGAGUUUGAGAAAAAUGAAACUUUCAUUCAAAAAAUCAAUAGUGACAUUUCGUCAAAUUUCCAAAUUGACUCAAAAUUGAAAUAAAACCAAUGCCAAAAUUCCGAAAAUUGAUUCUCAAAGGAUUUGUAAUCUUUUCAGAUGGCCUCCCUCCGCGCCAAACUCCCCUGGGAAUGGCUGGAGCCGGACGAGCCGUCGCUGAUCCGAAUCCGAAAAGUGGACUGGCGCCGUCGCCCGGUCCUGAUGGCCUCGAGCUUUUGCUCCGACAUUCAUCGCCUGAUCAGCGACAUUUUCGCUUGGAUCAACGAGAUGGACAGUCGGGGAAAGCCGCGGUAUCAACUGUUUGCGCAGAAUUUGCAUAAAGCACUGUGCAUUUUGGAGGGAAAACCCGGCGAAAAGUUUGAGGACUCGCCGAUUGGACAAGAGUUUGCCAGACCGGAUUGUGUUGACACUCCUUGUAAGGUAUGGAAUGGCGUUUUGAAGACGGUUUUCAGAGGUUUUGAGGACUUUGAAGGUUUUCGUGGCGGGACCAAACGUUUUGAAAACUGAUAAAAAUGGGGGUUUCUGCAAUUACUUCGUCAUUUUAGAGGUGUUAUUGCUACGUCUCCAGUCAAAAUUCAUGAAUUUUCUUUGAUUUCAGGUUUUCGUGGUGGGACCCAAAUUUUCAAAAAUUGACAAAAAGUUAAUGGAUUAUAUAACUUUAAGCUUCGAGAAUCAUUUUAGCUCUUUUUCGAGAGAUUCCCACUCGGAAUCCAUUGGUUUUUGCAAAUUUCAGGUUUUCGUGGUGGGAUCCAAAUGUUCGAAAAUUUGACAAAAAGUAUAGAUAAUGUAAUUUUAAGCUUUGAGGAUGAUAUUACCUCUGUUUUCAGUGAUUCCCGCUCGGAAUCCAUUGGUUUUUGCUAUGUUCAGGUUUUCGUGGUGGGACCUAAAUUUUCGAAAGUCGACAAAAAUAUAAUGGAUAAUAUAAUUUUAAGCUUCGAGAAUCAUUUUAGCUCUUUUUUUGAGUGAUUCCCACUCGGAAUCCAUUGGUUUUUGCAAAUCUCAAGUUUUCGUGGUGGGACCCAAAUGUUCGAAAAUUUGACAAAAGGUAUAGAUAACGUAAUUUUAAGCUUCGAGAAUCAUUUUAGCUCUUUUUUUGAGCGAUUCCCGCCCAAAAUCCAUUGGUUUUUGCAAGUUUCAGGUUUUCGUGGUGGGACCUAAAUUUUCGAAAUUCGACAAAAAUAUAAUGGAUAAUAUAAUUUUAAACUUCGAGAACGUAGUGGACGUUUUUGUCCCCACCCCGGUUUUGUCCCCAAUACGGUUUUGUCCCCAGGACGUUUUUGUCCCCACUUUUUUCGAGCCUUUUUGUCCCCAGACCGGUUUUGUCCCCAGGACGGUUUUGUCCCCAAGACGUUUUUGUCCCCACUUUUUUAUUUUUUUGUCCCCACACCGGUUUUGUCCCCAGGACGUUUUUGUCCCCAAGCUGGAUAGUACGAUUAAAAAUUAUGCAUUCAGAUGUUAAUGCUGUUGGUUUGAAGCCCCGCACUUCCCAAAAAAUGUGUUUUUAGCACUUGGUACUGUAUAGUACAAGGUGGUACUAUAUAGCACGAGGUAAAAAUUAAGCCAUAACACGUCAAUGCUAUGGGGUUGAAGCCCAGUACUUCUCAAAAAUGUGUUUUAGCACAUGGUACUAUAUGCACGAAUUUGUUUUUGCACAAAAUGAACGUCUGAUCACUACUGCGUACCAAAACAACGUCAUUCACGCGUUAAAGCUUAAUUUUUACCUCGUGCUAUAUAAUACCACCUUGAACUAUACAGUACCAAGUGCUAAAAACACAUUUUUUGAGAAGUGCGGGGCUUCAAACCAACAGCAUUAACAUCUGAAUGCAUAAUUUUUAAUCGUACUAUCCAGCUUGGGGACAAAAACGUCCUGGGGACAAAACCGGUGUGGGGACAAAAAAAUAAAAAAGGGGGGACAAAAACGUCUUGGGGACAAAACCGUCCUGGGGACAAAACCGGUCUGGGGACAAAAAGGCUCGAAAAAAGUGGGGACAAAAACGUGCUGGGGACAAAACCGUCUUGGGGACAAAACCGGGGUGGGGACAAAACCGGGCCCAAUCCUUCGAGAAUCAUUUUAGCUCUUUUUUUGAGUGAUUCCCGCUUGUCCAUUGGUUUUUUGCUAUUUUCAGGUUUUCGUGGUGGGACCCAAAUUUUAGAAAAAUGUCAAAAAUCUCUCCAAGUCUUUUGACUAGACUAAAAUUUACUCAAUUUAUAGGCUUCGAAUCAAGACGAAGAGUACAAAAGCCUGUUCGACGACUACAAAUACGACGUGCAAUUCAUGUUCCGACGGGCGGAAGUUGGACUGCCGCCCGAGGUGAAAGCGAGCCUCGACGAAAAGUACAAGCCUUAUGUGUUCUCGGAAGAUAAUGCGGAGGUGGUGAAGAGCGCUGUGUUGCCGAAACAGCAGCGAAAAGUGAAGGAGAAGGCGGUGAAACAGAAGGAGAAAGAGAUCAUUGCCAAGGAGAAGCCAAGAGCUCCGACCAAUGUGCAGAAACGCUCGGAUUCGUCGGAAGUGGUAUGCUUUUUGAUGUAAAAUGGGUAGGAAUGAGGUCAAACCUCAAAAAAUUUUUCUUUACUUGAAGUUUUUUUGGGAUUUCUGGAAUUAUUUUCAUCGACCGGUCGAUUUUUUUAUUUUGAUUUUUGGAAAAAAUAAUUUUGUGAUUUUUUGUAAUUUUAGGAUUACUGCUUUGGAAAUUUAAAUUUUUCAAAAUUUUAUUAUCGACCGGUCGAUUUUUUAUUUUGAUUUUUUUAAAAUUUUAAGUUUAUUUUAUCUUUUUUUCGCAAUUUUUUGAAUAUAUUUUUUCAUGGUUUUAUUAUCGACCGGUCGAUUUUAAAAAAAAUUUUUGGGAAAAAUAAAAAAAUUAUUUUGGUGUUUUUUCGCAAUUUUUUGAUUAUUGAUAUUUUGAAUUUUUAAUUUUUACAAUUUUUCAUUAUCGACCGGUCGAUUUUUAAAAAUUCGAUUUGUUUUUCUGGACCAAAGUUUUUUUUCAGGAACCAACGAGAGAACGAAAGAAGUAUGUGGUGAAACCAGUGAUCGAUGUGAAGAAGUGGGAAAGAAAGAUGGGCAGAUCCAGAACCACCGAAUGGCUGGUCGGAAAUGCGGUUUUGGUGAGGAGAAGAAAGGUAAAACACAUCUUUUUCGAAAAUUUUGUUUUUUUUUGGGUUACUUUGAUUAGAAUUUUGCAACAUUUUUUCGACUGGUUGAUUUCUUUUAUUUUCGUUUUUUUUUUUUGAAAAUAAUUAUAUUUUUGGAAUUUUUGGAAUGUUUAUUUUUAACUUUUUAAAAAAUUUUCGACCGGUCGAUUUUUUAUUUUUUAAUCUUUUGAUUUUUUCGACCGGUUGAUUUUAUAAAUUUUUAUUUUUAAAAAUUUUUCGACCGGUCGAUUUUUCAUUUUUAAAUUUUUUGAUUUUUUCGACCGGUCGAUUUUUUAACGUUUAAUUUUUAAAAAAAAUUUUUAACCGGUUGAUUUUUAAAAUUUUUAUUUUUUUUUACUUUUUUUGACCGGUCGAUUUUUUAAAGUUAAUUUUUUUUUAUUUUUUCGACCGGUUGAUUUUUCAAAUUUUCAUUUUUGUGUACUUUUUUGAAAAAAAAUCGUAAUUCCAGUCCGACGAAGAAUCCAAGGAGUCCAAGGAAUCGAGGGAAUCUAGCAAGGAAUCGCAUAUCAAGCGCAAAAGGAAUCAUCACGGCAAAAAGAGGCAAAAAAGGGCCAAAAAACCGUCACAUAAGGUAAAAAUUUUUUUUUUGUUUGAAAAAUUUCUGUAAUUUUAGAUUGCCGACACGCAACAUCGCAAGUAA